AUGGGCUAUCAGUUGCUACAGAUAGUUACAAUGCUGACAGUGAUAGCAUUUGGAGGAGCAUUAAGGAAAGCAACUGGAGAAUGCAGUUCAGAUGACUUGGAAGGUUUGAUGGCCUUCAAGAAUGGCAUUCAGAUGGAUACUUCUGGCCGGUUGGCUAAGUGGGUUGGUAUGAGCUGCUGUGAAUGGGAAGGUGUUGUCUGCGACAAUGCAACCACUAGAGUGACUCGGAUCCUUCUCCCAGGGCUAAAUGAAAAAGAUUUGGGUCAAACACAGAUGGUGGGCCAACUUUCUCCUUCCAUAACACUCCUCUCUUCUCUUGAAAUCCUUGAUCUUGGUGGCUUAGUAGGCCUCAGUGGAGCAAUUCCACAAACAAUUGGCUUGCAAAUGCCAAAGCUCAAAAAGCUUUAUCUUUAUGGCAACAAUUUAACUGGCCCAGUACCAGAAAGCAUUGGUGAUUUGCCAAACCUCCAGGAACUGGGACUGCACGAAAAUAGAAUAUAUGGGUCAAUCCCUUCUAGCCUCGGAAGCUUAAGAAACCUCAAAAGGCUGCUGCUUUACUCAAACCAAAUUUCAGGUACAAUACCCUUCUCACUUGGGAGUUUGACCAAUUUGGUAGAAUUGGAUGUUCAUGACAAUGCUCUUAUGGGUCAUAUACCCAACAGCAUUGGUCAGAUGCUGGCUUUGGAGAAGCUUGAUCUUUCAAGCAAUAUGCUAAGUGGAAGCAUACCUUCUUCAAUAACCAAUUUAACUGCCAUUUCAGUUUUGUAUUUUGACACCAACUAUCUUGAGGGAUCCAUCCCAUUUCCCUCAAAACCUGGUGAAAUGCCUUCUCUUGGCUUCAUAAGACUCCAGAAUAACCACCUGAGUGGAAAUAUACCUCCCAGUUUUGGUUAUCUUGUUUCUCUUCAAAGAGUUUCAUUAUCAAACAACAAACUUGAAGGAGCAUUGCCUUCUAGUUUGGGCAAUUUGCAUUCUUUGACAGAGCUUUACCUCAGUAGCAACUCCUUCUCAGGCCAAAUACCAAAAUCAAUAGGCCAACUCUCUCAGCUCAUAAUGUUGAACAUUUCCAAUAAUUUGAUUGAAUGGCCAUUGCCUCAGGAGAUGUCUUCCCUUCAAAACCUUCAGACACUUGAUCUAUCUUUCAACCCUUUGAACCUAUCCUCCAUUCCACCAUGGCUAACAAGUCUCUCAUCUCUUUCCCGCAUUUACCUCGCAGGCUGUGGCCUCAAGGGCCAGCUUCCAGACUUAUUGCAAACAACACAGAGUCCAAUACUGGAACUGGACUUAUCUGAGAACCUUCUUAGCGGACCAAUACCAUCAUGGAUAGGAUCCCUCAGUCAGCUCUACUUGUUAAACCUCUCAAGUAAUUCACUUGAUUCACACAUACCUGAUUCCCUCACAAACUUGCCUGAUCUAGGUGUUCUUGAUCUUCACUCAAAUAAGUUAACAGGCUCCAUAACUGGGGUAUUUAACGCUGAGCUAGAAGGUACUUUUGGGGGGUCAUUAUCAUACAUUGAUCUUUCUGACAACAACUUUUCAAGUGGAGUUGAGGCAAUUGGUGUGGGAGAGCAGUUAAACAUUCACUACCUGAAUUUGUCUCAUAACCUUCUGAAGGGUACAUUACCAGGUUCCCUUGGGAAGCUCAACUCAAUUCACAGUUUGGAUUUGAGCUUCAAUGAAUUAGGCUCCAACUUGCCAGAAGUGCUGGCAAAGUUGACCUUGUUGGAGAGUCUGAAGCUGCAAAGCAACCACUUCAGUGGUAACAUACCCAAUGGAUUUCUCAAGCUGAGAAAGCUGAAGGAAUUGGACUUAUCAGAUAAUGUACUUGAAGGGGAAAUUCCAGAGGGUAAACCUCUUAUUGACUUUCCUGGGAGUACUUAUUCUGGAAAUAAAGGUUUGUGUGGAAAGCCUCUUAAUCCUUGUAAACGUUGA